AUGGCUCCUAGUUUGAGGUAUUCUGUGGCCGAUGUGCUGGCAGUUGCCAAGAUUCAUCCCUUCUAUUCCGACGCUCAGUACCCCCCUGACGAUGACACCAUUCAGAAAGCAAGGGAGCAAGCUGCAUUGACGUUCAGAGAAGGCGACUUGCAGGCGCAGCCUUUGCUUCGGAAGAAGGACUUGUACACUGCAAUUGAAAGACUUGUCGGGGAUACCAGCCCUCAGAACACGUAUCGCCACAAUGUUUACACCAGUACUACUGGCGGUGGAGGUGGUAGCAACUCAUUGUUCUUUGCUACGGACGCCAUGGAGAAUCGCCGGCACCGAGCCAACUUUGGCGAGUUUCUUCGGAAUACCGGUGUGAUCCAACGUGGUGACUGGGUCUUGACGACUCACAAUGCGGGUGAUUUGUACAGAUCCCUAGAUCUCACCUUGGAGAUCUUGGAGAAUGCCGGAGCCACCCUCUUGGCUGCUGGUAAUCGCAUGCCGAGUUCCAAGGUUGUUGAGCUACUGCAAACUUACCACGCCAAUGCCUUGGCCGGUGAUGGAAGCCAGAUUGUUCAGGUCGUUCAGUACAUUUCAACCAUGACCACAGGUAGAGACAAGAUCAAGCUGGACAAGAUCAUCUACACGUCAGAGGCACUCAACUCGGUGCAGAAGGCGCACAUCUAUGCUGUCCUAGGACCGAUAAAGAUCUUCUCCUUAAUCGGCAGCGCCGAGGCUGGCCCUUAUGGGGCAAGCAAUCCUGACUUAACGCCAACCGACCCCAGCGCAAGUUAUACGGACUUCGUCAUCGACACUCGGACGAACCUGUUCGAGAUCCUUCCGCUCUCUCUGGAUGAGAAUGACCGUUUCGCUUCCCCUUUGCCCGAGGGCGAAACUGGCAUCAUCGCACAGACUUCUCUUGUUCGCCUCCGAAAUCCCCUUGUCCGCUAUGUCACCACCGAUAUUGGUUCACUACAUCGCCUCCCAGAUCAAGCGCAGGAUCAAAUCCCUGGGAAAGAUUGGCCGUUUAUGCGGAUCCUUCGACUCCAAGGCCGUGACAGCCGGUUCAGCUUCACAUGGGACGGCGAGUACAUUGAGUUUGACAAGUUGAAGACGCUCAUGUCCGGCGCUAGCUUUGGUGUCCUGCAAUGGCAGGUCAUCUUGGACAAGAUGGAGCCCUCCAAGGAGGCAUCGCUCGAGAUUCGUAUGCUUUGUGCUGAACGAAACGAGACACUUCUCUCUCGGCAGGAGAUCAUCGAUCGCCUCCACGCCUUUCUUUACAUUUACUCGUCAAACCAGCAUCGCUUCCGAGCCACGUUUGUUGACGACCUCGAUGGGUUUGAACGAAGUGAGACUGGGCGGAAAGUAAUCAAAUUUAUUGAUCGAUUCACUACCUGA